UGGGAGCUGAAGAUGGUGGAAGUUUCUUCCUGCGAGGAGUGAAAUCCAGACCGAGACGUCAACAAACCCCCGGGACAGCGACCGGGACGUCCUUCCAGCGGCGCCGUCCGACAUCCACCGUCUCCCCCGGGUUCCGCGCUUCUCCUCCCAGCCUUAUGUCAUGGCCAGUGGAGUCACCAAGUCGGGCACUUCCAAUGGUUACCCUCUGAAGGCACAGCUGCAAAUCAUUGUGCUAUCAGCUAAACUUAAAGAAAACAAGAAGAACUGGUUUGGUCCCAGUCCUUACGUCGAGCUGACAGUUGACGGUCAGUCAAAGAAAACCGAGAAAUGCAACAACACCCACAGCCCCAAAUGGAAGCAGCCCCUCACCGUGAUUGUGACGCCGUUCAGCAAACUAGUGUUCCGUGUGUGGAGCUACCAAACGCUGAAGUCAGACGUGCUGCUCGGCGUGGCCACUCUGGACGUCAGCGACACGCUCAAGUCCAACGACAUGAAAAUUUGUGAGGUGGUGCAGACGCUGCAGCUGUGCACGGACAGAGACCAGACGGAUGUGGUGGGAGAUCUGUCCGUCUGCCUGGACGGCAUGACCGUCGACCCCGAGAUGUUUGCCACGGCCGAAGCCAACCACCACAAUACAUUAAAUGGGGAAUCCCAGCCUAAUGGUGAUCAUGUCAUAAGGCCCAGUCGAGACAGUUCUCCAGCGGUGGACGGUGUAGAGCACAGAUCUUCUCCCAGCGCCCGGAGGACCAGCAACAGUAAAGGGUCUCCAUCGGUCGGGGGGAGGCCUAUCCGACCUCCGAGGCCCUCCAGACCUCCUCCUCCAACCCCCCGCAGGCCCACCUCCUCACCAGGUCAGGCUUCCACCUCCUCACCAGGUCAGGCUUCCACCUCCUCACCAGGUCAGGCUUCCACCUCCUCACCAGGUCAGGCUUCCACCUCCUCACCAGCAUCAUCCAGAACUGUCUCUGCUCCACCAGACAGUAACGGCAGCCAGUCGGCUCCCGAUACGCCGGUUCCAGGACCGUCGACCGCCCCAGACUCCAGUCCGUCGGCCGGUUCAGACAGAAGCUCCACAUCUGCUUCUGCUCCCGCUCCCCCGCCCGGAGCCCCGGCGGCCAGACCGGCGCCGAGCAGCAUCACCCCGACGCUCCCUCCCAGAGUCCCGGCAGCCAACGCUGGACCUUUAGCAGCUGGAUGGGAGCAGAGAGUGGAUCCGAAUGGCCGGGUUUAUUACGUCGAUCAUGUGGAAAAGAGAACGACGUGGGAGCGCCCUGAACCAUUGCCCUCUGGCUGGGAGCGUCGCGUCGACCAGAUGGGGCGGGUCUACUUUGUUGAUCAUAUCACAAGAACCACUACGUGGCAGCGGCCCACGAUGGAGACGGUGCGGAACUAUGAGCAGUGGCAGCACCAGCGCAGCCAGCUGCAGGGCGCCAUGCAGCAGUUCAACCAGAGAUUCAUCUUCGGGGCGCAAGACCAAGUCACGGCCACUCAGAAUAAGGAGUUCGAUCCUCUCGGGCCUCUGCCGCACGGAUGGGAAAAGAGAACAGACUCCAAUGGCAGAGUUUAUUUCGUGCACCAUCCUACUCGUGCCACGCAGUGGGAAGACCCUCGAACGCAGGGACUGUUGAAUGAGAAGCCACUUCCAGAAGGAUGGGAGAUGAGGUUCACCGUCGAGGGGAUUCCUUACUUUGUGGACCACAACAGGAGAACCACCACCUACAUCGACCCGCGCACGGGAAAGUCCUCACUUGAAAAUGGACCCCAGAUCACCUACGUUCGAGACUUCAAAGCCAAAGUUCAGUACUUCAAAUUCUGGUGCCAGCAACUCGCAAUGCCUCAACACAUCAAGAUCACAGUGACCAGGAAAACCUUGUUUGAGGAUUCCUUCCAGCAGAUAAUGAGCUUCAAUGCUCAGGAUCUGCGGAGGAGACUGUGGAUCAUCUUUCCUGGAGAGGAAGGUCUCGAUUACGGAGGCGUUGCCAGGGAGUGGUUCUUCCUGUUGUCGCAUGAAGUUUUGAACCCCAUGUACUGCCUGUUUGAAUAUGCCGGUAAAGAUAACUACUGUCUCCAGAUCAACCCCGCCUCCUACAUCAACCCCGACCACCUCAAGUACUUCAAGUUCAUAGGACGCUUUAUCGCCAUGGCUCUCUUCCACGGCAAGUUCAUCGACACUGGUUUCUCGCUGCCGUUUUACAAACGCAUCCUCAACAAACCGCUGGCCCUCAAAGAUCUGGAGUCCAUAGACCCGGAGUUUUACAACUCCCUCAUGUGGAUCAAGGACAACGACAUCGAGGAAUGUGGCCUGGAGAUGUUCUUCUCUGUUGACAAGGAAAUCCUCGGGGAAAUCAGCACCCACGACCUGAAAGAGAACGGAGGAGAGAUUCAGGUCAAGGAAGAGAAUAAGGAGGAAUACAUAAGGCUGGUAGCAGAGUGGAGGUUGUCCAGAGGAGUGGAGGAGCAAACCGAGGCUUUCUUUGAAGGUUUCAAUGAGGUCCUCCCGCAGCAGUACUUGCAGUACUUCGACGCUAAAGAGCUAGAGGUGAUGCUGUGUGGAAUGCAGGAGAUCGACCUGGUGGACUGGCAGAGACACUCCAUCUACAGACACUACGCCCGCAACAGCAAACAGAUCGUCUGGUUCUGGCAGUUCAUAAAGGAGAUGGACAAUGAAAAACGGAUGAGGCUGCUGCAGUUCGUCACUGGAACUUGUCGCCUGCCUGUCGGAGGUUUCGCCGACCUGAUGGGAAGCAACGGCCCUCAGAAGUUUUGCAUUGAGAAGGUUGGAAAAGAAAACUGGCUUCCCAGAAGUCACACAUGCUUCAACAGACUGGACCUGCCGCCUUACAAGAGCUACGAGCAGCUGAAAGAGAAGCUGAUGUUUGCGAUUGAGGAGACGGAAGGCUUCGGCCAGGAGUGAUCCAUCGUUUGAUCCAUCGUUUCAGUACCGGGUGCAAGAGUCAGGACGCGGUGAAAACGGGGAGCCUCUGCAGAACAGGCAGGACUUAUCUGGGAGUCCACAAUCAUGCAUGUACGCACCUGCCGGUACCUUUCUGGGAGCUUUUCCUGCAUUACCGGCACAUAUUUGGGAUUUGGGAAUCUGCCCUGUUCACGGAGCUCACAGCCUGAUCGAUGUGGGAAAAAUUAGAGUUUAAAACUGAAAUGCAAAAGCUGCUCCCGUCUCUGAGAAUGUCAGCCGUCGUGACAUCAGUAGAUUCACAAACGCGUGAUCACAAGGAGCACUGGUUUCAGCAAUAAUAAUAAUAAUAAUAGACUGAGAAGGUGUGGUUUUAGUGUUUUCUUUAUUUUUAAACGUGAUCCAGCUGCAUUAGAAUAAGACUCACACUUUAACCUGCAUCCGUACUAAUGAUUGAACGUUUUUACGAGCAAAAAACGGCAACACAGGGGCAGGAGGAGACGAGUAACUCUUAAAAACGCCGUGCUCCAAAUUAACAGAUAAAUAACAAGACAAUCUUGGUGCUUCAGAGAUUUUGGGAUCCUGUUUUGUGCUCUGGGUUAAAUAGUGUUUGAUCUGUGAAUCGAUUAAUGAUUGUGAAAAGUGUUGUAACCUCCAUUAUUUGUAGUGGUGGUGGCAAAUGUGAAACACAACUUUAACUGACCCUAGUUUUAUAGGGCCGGAGUUUGCUCGCCGUGGCGUGAAGUGGGACUUUGUGGAUUAGAGUAUACUCUGUAAGACCUUUUACGGAUCUUUAAUUUCAGCUUUAAUAACAUUUUACAUCUUCUGUCUUUUUAAUUUAAUUUACAGAGCGAUCUUGAUUUAAAACGAGAUCCUGGAGAAAUGCUUUAUGAUCUAAUUCAUUUUUAUUAUUAUUACUAUUAUUAAUACUUAAACAAACCCUAAAAACAGAUAAAACACCAAAACUAGGUCAAACCAAAUCAAAUUUCCAAAUUUUAGGGCAUUUUCGAUGCAUUACUUGAGAAACGGCAUGUAGCUCUUCAUAAACUUGUAGCAUCUGAAUCUGACGGAGCUCCUUCCUCGACUUCGUCAAAACGCCACAGAAUACCUCGACGUGGAGAAGGAAGAUUAACAAAUAAAAUAAAAAAUUAGCAAUACUCCUAGAAAAAGACAGAAUGCAGUAUUUUAACAGUUUAGUCUGCGCUUAUUUCACCUGCAGAACACAUUACCUCUGAUUAACGUCCCGUUGCACCAAACACUCGUCUUCCGUCGGCUGCGUUUCGUUUGGACUGAAUAACAUCGUAGAAAUGUACGAAGAUGAAGUUUAAAAAUGUGACGGCGAGGUGAAGAUUGUGCUCAUGUUGGAUCCUUUCAUUAGUCCUUUCACCCCUGAAAUAAUAAAACACCGGGUUCUUGUAAGGGCUCAAAUUAAAGCCAUAAAUAUUUUGUAUCUGUGAAAAGAUGUUCACAUGUAUAAUAAGGUUUUGCAGCU